ACUCUCACACGCGGAAGUUCAGUUCCGCUCGGAACAGUUAACUCCACGGCCGAACACCGACGUCUCUCUCCCGCUUCUCCUCCUGACUCCAGUACUCACGGUUCAUCAUGAGCAGCAGCUACAGCGUCUCCCUGGCUGGUCCUGCUCCAUGGGGCUUUAGACUACAAGGAGGGAAGGACUUUUGUCUCCCCCUUACCAUAUCACGGCUGACAGACGGAGGCAAGGCUGCCAAAGCCAAGAUGAAUGUUGGAGACAUCAUUCUGUCCAUUAAUGGCAUCUCCACCGACAGUAUGAAUCAUCUGGAGGCCCAGAAUAAAAUCAAAGCCUGCACUGGUCAUCUCAGCCUCACUCUGCAGAGACCCCAGAUUGCCAACAAAGAUGCUCCAGCUAAGGACGACCAUCAAGAAAUCAUUAAGCCUGUACCCAUAGCUCACACCGCCACUAACCCCACGCCAUCGAAUCAGGCCACCCCAGCGUUCAACAAGACCGCACGGCCGUUUGGCGGCGGCGGCGUGGUGACGGCGUCUUCUGCUCAUACCCCACCCAAAGUCGCCUCUAUCCCCUCUGAGUCGUCCGCUUUCUUGCCGGCUGCAACCUCUCAGGCUCCACAGCCACCGUUUCCGCUCAAGUCCAGCCUCACCGCUCCAGACUCAUCUCCAACCAAAACCUUCAGCAGGCCGAGUCCCACACGCUUCACCUCCCCGUCCGUUUCAUCCUCCUCAUCCAGCUCCUCCUCCUCUCCGGCCCGACUCACAGCCCCUUCCUCCAAUCCUAAUGUCCCGCAGCCUUCUGUCUAUAACACCCCCAUCAACCUUUACUCCAAUGUCAAUGCCUGCGAGGUGGCCAUGGGGCAGAGACGAGGCCUGCUGGAGAGCCAAGGCCUGUCAGAGCUCAAUGGGAAAGCCGGAGCCGAUUCAGAGCAGCUUCCCGCGUCUCCUCUCAACGAUGCCAGUAAGAAGCGUCUGAUCGAGGACACGGAGGACUGGCAUCCUCGCGGUGGCACCUCCCAGUCUCGCUCCUUCAGAAUCCUGGCUCAGCUCACCGGAACAGAGAACGAAAAUGCUGCAGACAACGAAGGAAAGAACGAGUCAUUGGACCUGACACCGAAUGUCCACACUACUUCUGCUGCGAAACCGUUUUCUAAAACUGCGCCCAGAAAUGGAAAUGUGCAACCUCCAUCCACCUUCAAGAGCCCGGGAUCCCAAAACAAACCCUCCUACCAGCAUGGAAGCGCUGCAGCUGUUCCUUCGUUUGGAAAGGUCACCAAUCCUUCACCGAAAGGCCCUGACCGCCCGAUUCCACAACCACAUCCAGAAGAUCUGAACUCUCUGGUGCAGCGAGCUGAGCACAUCCCAGCCGGGACACGCACCCCCAUGUGCAACAAGUGCAACAACGUCAUCAGGGGUCCGUUCCUUGUGGCCAUGGGCAUGUCGUGGCACCCGGAAGAGUUCAACUGUGCCCACUGCCGCUCCUCCCUGACAGAUCGUGGCUUUGUGGAGGAGAAAGGUCAGGUCUACUGUGAAGGAUGUUACGAGCAAUUCUUUGCUCCGACCUGUGCCAACUGCAGUCAGAAGAUCCUUGGGGAAAUAAUGAACGCUCUGAAGCAGACCUGGCACGUGUACUGUUUCGUGUGUGUGGCCUGCCAGCAGCCAAUCAGAGGCAACACCUUCCACAUGGAGGAUGGGGAGCCCUACUGUGAAAUGGACUACUACAAGCUGUUUGGGACCAACUGCCACGGAUGUGACUUUCCCAUCGAGGCGGGUGACAAGUUCCUGGAGGCUCUGGGCGUCACCUGGCACGACACCUGCUUCGUGUGCACAGUGUGCAACACCAGCCUGGAAGGUCAAGCUUUCUUCUCCAAGAAAGACAAACCCCUGUGCAAGAAACACGCACACACAGUCAACAUCUGAUACCAUCGUGAGCCCGGUGCCAAAUACCCUCAGCUGGAUCAAAGAUUCAUCAUGCUGUCUUUGUUUACUGUCCUCGUCUGUUGAUUCCUUCACAGCGCAUUUCGUACCUUCAGCUUUGAGCAGGUGAUUUUAACUUCCUUUGCGAUGUGUUUUUGAUCACAACCUGCCGAGAAAGCAGUUGUGUCUUUCAAGAGCAAACAGUUUAGAUACAAUGUUUAUUUAUCUGAAAGAGCAUGGUUAUUUAUUUGACAACAGAUAGAAUGAAACUUUUGGCAUCAAGUACAGAUUUUAAGUUUGAAAAAAAGAACAUGCAGUUUUCUCCUUGAUAUGUUAUUUACCGAGUGCUCGGUCUGUGGUCAAGAGCAUCUGAUUAUAAUAUAUUUUUCUAGUAUUUAUCCCUUUGUAACCAGGGUCUAGACUCAAAAAGUCACUGCUUCAUUCAAAGCUAUCCUGCUAUUAAAUGCAACUAAUGGUUUUUGCUGUUUUGCUGUUGUAUUUUUCUUCUUUUGCCUUUGCUAACUUUUUAACCAGAUGAACCGAGGUUGUACUAGUUUGUUCCACCUAUAUCUGUGUCAACAGUAAAAGGUUGAAUUUG